CAAUUGUAUGACACAGGAAGCCCAACCGUUGGCCAUCCUCUCCGAGGGCAGCUGCCGGGCUCGGGUUUGCUUCUGCAAACCUUGUCCCUCGCCCUCGAGCAAGCGGCUGCCGCCAGCUGCCGCAGCACCCGCAGCGGCCCGCGCCUGUCCGCCCCCGCGUGCCUGCCAAGGCCGACGCGGCCCGGAUGCGACGGUGCGCUCCCCCCACAACCGCGCACGUGACGGGGGGGGCAGUUUUCCUGUCCCCUCCCCCUUCUCGAAACCCCGCCUUCUCCUGAGAGGCUGCGGCUUUCUAUUGCGCCACUACUGGAAUGACCGCCGUGCCAGCCAGUCAGAGUGCGACCCUUCAAGUAAGAUCCUCCCCCUGUUGGUCCUCAGGUUCCUUCCCGCUCAUACAGGAGUCACUUCCGAAGAGAUAGAACCGCCAUGAAGAGGGAAGGGGGUGCCGCCCAACUCUGCUCCGACAGCCUCCCCGAGUCCCAGCAGCAAGACGGCAACCACGCACCCAACUUCUCCAGCCACAGCUCAUGCCGCCGUCGCCAGCGGCGCCGACAUGACAAGGCGCUGCAUGCCCGCUAGGCCAGGUUUCCCCUCAUCCCCAGCCCCGGGGUCGUCGCCCCCGCGCUGCCAUCUGAGACCCGGUAGUACCGCCCCUGCUGCAGCGGGAAAGAGAACAAAGAGUCCUGGGGACAGGAAGCAGUCAAUUAUAGAUUUCUUCAAACCAGCUUCCAAACAAGACAGACAUAUGUUGGAUUCUCCACAAAAAUCAGACAUCAAAUAUGGAGGAAGUGGAUUGUCCAUCACUGGGACAGAGCAGUUUGAAAGGAAACUAUCCUCACCAAAAAAAUCUAAACCCAAAAGGAUGCCAUCAGAAAAGAGCACUAUUUUAGAGGCUUUCAUGAAAGGUGUAAAGGAGCACCAUAAAGAUCGUGGUAUGCAUGAGUCACGUCGGCCUUGUGUGUCAAUAGCCACCAAAUAUCCAAAGGCGGUUACAAAAGUCUAUGUUCCUCCAUAUUGCUUGUCAAAGGAGAUGAAGGCACUGAAGAAAAAACAUCGAUCUCCAGAGAGAAGGAAGUCACUGUUCAUUCAUGAAAAUAGCAGGGACAAGAAUGAUAGAGAUCGAGACAAGACCAGUGCAGAUUCCAAAAAGCAGGCCACAGUGACAGAAACUGACAUCUUCAAGAACAGCUCUAGAAGUCUUAGCAGCAGGAGCAGCCUAUCCAGGCACCACCCAGGAGAAAGUCCAUUGGGGGCUAAAUUCCAGUUGUCAUUAGCUUCUUACUGCAGAGAAAGAGAACUAAAGAAGUUGAGAAGGGAGCAGAUGGAGCAGAGAAUCAACUCGGAAAAUUCUUUCUCAGAAGCAAGCAAUCUUUCCUUAAAAUCCUCUAGUAUAGAAAGAAAAUGUAAACCAAGGCAGGAACAAAGUAAACAGAAUGACGUCGCACCUGGAAAGAGUAAUCUUUCAAACCUGGAAAAUGGACAUUUCUCAAGGAAAAGAUCCUCUUCUGAUUCAUGGGAACCUGCUUCAGCAGGGUCUAAGCAGAAUAAGUUCCCUGACAAAAGAAAAAGGAACUCUGUGGACUCAGAUCUGAAAAGCACAAGAGAAUCUAUAAUGCCAAAAGUAAAAGAGUCCUUCCUUGAGAAGCGUCCUGACGGACCACAUCAGAGAGAGAAAUUUAUAAAACAUAUUGCACUGAAGACACCUGGGGAUGUAUUGCGCUUGGAAGAUAUAUCCAAGGAACCCAGUGAAGAAAUUGAUCGCUCCUCUGGAGGCUUGGCACCUUCAAAUUCUGGCCACCAUUCUUCCAGGAAUAGUGACCAAAUCCGUGUGGCAAGUACCAAAGAGACUAAGAUGCAGAAACCCCACUUAUCUUUACCUCAGGAAAAGUCUGCAGUUAAAAAAGCUAACAACUUUCAGAAAAAUAAAACUGCUAGCUCUGUGGCAUCAAAGGAGACAAAACUUCUACCUUUACUUUCCCAUGUUCCAAGUGCUGGUUCCUCCCGGGUACCAUUAAAUGCUAAAAAUUGCACUCUUCCAGUUCCUAAAAAAGAAAAAGAGCGUUCCUCAUCUAAAGAAUGUUCUGGGCAUUCUACAGAGUCCUCCAAACACAAGGAACACAAAGCAAAGACUGAUAAAGCUGAUUCUAAUGUAUCUUCAGGGAAAAUUUCUGGGGGAUCUUUGCAUUCAGAAUAUGGCACUCCUACAAAGUCUCCCCCAGCUGCUUUGGAAGUUGUGCCAUGUAUCCCAAGCCCUACAGCACCUUCAGAUAAAGCCCCUUCAGAUAAAGAAAGUUCAGGAAAUUCCAAUGCAGGUAGCAAUGCACUGAAAAGAAAACUAAGGGGUGAUUUUGAUAGUGAUGAAGAAAGUUUAGGUUACAACCUAGACAGUGAUGAGGAAGAGGAAACAUUAAAAUCACUGGAAGAAAUAAUGGCUUUGAACUUCAAUCAGACUCCUGCAACUACAGGAAAGCCUCCUGCUCUUUCCAAGGGGCUUAGAUCUCAGUCAUCAGACUAUACAGAACAUGUUCAUAGUGAAACAUACACAAAUACUUUAGAACGUCUAGUGAAGGAGAUGGAAGACACUCAAAGGCUAGAUGAACUGCAGAAGCAGCUACAGGAAGACAUAAGGCAGGGCCGAGGUAUUAAAUCCCCCAUCAGAAUUGGAGAUCAAGACAGUACAGAUGAUGAGGAUGGCCUCUUAGAAGAGCACAGGGAAUUUCUAAAGAAAUUUUCAGUUACAAUUGAUGCUAUUCCUGAUCAUCACCCAGGUGAAGAAAUAUUUAAUUUCCUCAAUUCCGGAAAAAUUUUCAAUCAGUAUACCUUGGAUUUAAGAGACUCUGGUUUUAUAGGACAGAGCGCUGUAGAAAAGCUUAUUCUUAAAUCAGGAAAAACAGAUCAGAUUUUUUUGACAACACAAGGCUUUCUUACCUCUGCUUAUCACUAUGUCCAGUGUCCUGUACCUGUGUUAAAGUGGCUGUUUCGGAUGAUGUCAGUUCAUACAGACUGUAUUGUGUCCGUGCAGAUUUUAAGUACAUUGAUGGAAAUAACAAUUAGGAAUGAUACCUUCAGUGAUUCGCCAGUUUGGCCCUGGAUCCCAUCAUUAUCUGAUAUAGCAGCUGUGUUUUUCAAUAUGGGAAUUGAUUUCAGAUCUUUGUUUCCUCUGGAGAAUCUUCAGCCAGACUUUAAUGAAGAUAAUCUAGUUUCUGAAACACAGAUGACAUUGGGGGGGGAAGGAAGUGAAGAUUCAUCUUGUAAGCCAAUUUUUUCAACUCUUCCUGAAACCAACAUUUUAAAUGUGGUUAAGUUUCUAGGCUUGUGUACAUCUAUACAUCCAGAAUGUUACCAGGAUCGUGAAAUAAUGUUGCUGAUUUUAAUGUUGUUUAAAAUGAGUUUGGAGAAACAGCUGAAACAGAUUCCUCUAGUGGACUUUCAAAGCCUCCUGAUAAAUCUGAUGAAAAACAUUAGAGAUUGGAACACAAAGGUGCCUGAACUCUGUCUGGCCAUAAAUGAACUGUCUAAUCAUCCACACAACCUUCUGUGGUUGGUACAGCUGGUUCCUAACUGGACAUCACGUGGAAGGCAACUAAGACAGUGCCUCAGCCUAGUGAUUAUUUCAAAGCUUUUGGAUGAGAAACGUGAAGAUAUCCCUAAUGCCAGUAAUCUACAGAUAUCAGUCCUACAUCGCUAUCUUGUGCAAAUGAAGCCUUCUGAUUUGUUGAAGAAAAUGGUCUUGAAGAAAAGGGCUGAACAGCCAAAUAGCACUAUUGAUGAUAGUCUUCAUUUGGAACUCGAAAAGCAGGCAUAUUACCUGACCUACAUUCUUCUUCAUUUAGUUGGUGAAGUUAGUUGUUCUCAUUCUUUCUCUUCUGGACAACGGAAACACUUCGUGCACCUCUGUGGGGCUUUGGAAAAGCAUGUUAAGUGUGAUAUUAGGGAAGAUGCAAGACUGUUUUAUAGAACUAAGGUAAAAGACCUGGUUGCCAGGAUACAUGGAAAAUGGCAGGAAAUAAUCCAGAACUGUCGGCCUACUCAGGGGCAGCUUCAUGACUUCUGGGUACCAGAUUCUUAACAGGAGUUGAAGCAGCAAAAAUAUGAACCAAGAGAAAUUCAAUAAGACCUUUUUCUAGAGGAGUAGAAAGAAUGCUACAAACCAGUGGAAUCCAUGCUAAGAAAAUGUGCUGCAAAUGUGCCACUUGAAUAUCUAGUAUGAAGCUGGUAAUGAAGAAAUUGCCAUUUCUGAAGCAGAUAUGAGACACGAUCUGCUUAAUUUUAAGGCAACUGACAUUUUAAAAAGAGCAGAAUCCUAUAACAAGAGGGGAGGGGUAGAAGCAGCUAGUAGUUGCAUGUCUAACCUGCCCCUAUUAACUCCUCUUGUUAAUUUGUAAGCCAGUUAUCCUUUUUUUUGUUUUGUUUUGUUUUGUUUUGGAUUGUAUUUAUGGCACUUGGAUAAUCACAGGAAAUAUGUAGGAAAGGGUUUGGACCAAGUUGAGUAGUUUGACAUGGAAAUCAAGACCAAGUUCCAGUUGGGUUUAAUCUUCCCCUUGGUUAUUUUAGGACUCAAAAAGAAAACUUAGAACUGAGAUUAAUAACAAAAAGAAUAAAUCUCUUUGGUAACUCCUAUAAACCACAGGGAGGUUUCAAUCCAUACAUUUUCCUUCACUAUUUAAGAUUAGAAAUCUGUUAGGUUUUUAAAAUACAUUUAAACAGUUAAGAAACAGGAAUUUGGUGUAUUGUCAGAUCCCCCUUAAGGGGAAGAGGUUAAGCUAUAAAAUAGUGUCUCUGUUUUUAUGCCAAAACAUUCAUUGCAGUUUGUUUUGGGUUCCUUUUAAGUGUAUAUAUAAUUUUUAAAUACUGGUUAAAAUCUUAGAAUUUGGCUAAAUCUUAGAAUCCUGGCCCUUGGUUAGCCGUAUUACAGAAGUCUAUAGUAUAAAAGCUUAAAGAUCUGGACAAGUUUCCAAAACCCUUACUUUCAUGAAUGAGUAUAUAAGCUUGGCAGAGACCUGGAUGGUGUUUAUUCUUUGGGACAUUGCACACGCGUGUGUGUGUGUGUGUGUGUGUGUGCGUGCGCACGUGCGUGUGUGCGCUUGUAUUUUAAAUUUGUUGCACUUGAAAACCACAGCUGCUCUAAAUAUUCUUAAACACUGGAAAGCCAUCCUUGGGUUUAAAUGGUGAAGGGUUAGUAGAAGUGCACAUGCUGGUCUUAUUAGCCCAAGGGCCCUUUGAAGCCUUCGGUAGUAAUAGACUCUUACUAGCUAACUGAAAAAUUCUUUUGUUGACUGAGUGUCCCUUUGUGGAGGGGGUUGUUUCUUGAAUGAGAAUGUCAACUUUUUUUUCCUUUCAAUAUUGACUUGGAUGACACUGCUUUCCUGAGCAUUCUGAUGUCUCCAAUUGUGGGGGGAAAGAUGAUGGAGAGGAAGGGAAUUGGACUUGGGGUUUAUGGUUUGAGAGGGGAGAAAAUCAUUUUUGAAAAAUAGUUUUCUACCUCUAAAUUGAGGCUUAGUAGUAAAAAGCAUUUUAUCUUAAACUUAACAUUUACCAUAGUAUAAGUAACUUUUGAGCCCAUGUCAAGCAUUGAGCAGUUAGAGAUUUUAUAGGGAAGACUAAGUAAAUCCAAUUCCUUAGAACCCCGACUGAAUGAGGCUCCAGGAGUCAGACCAACAAAAGUUUUAUUCUGUGUUGAGUUUACUGGUAAGAAUAUUAUUAUCUCGAUACUACCUCUCAAGGGUAUUAUUAGAAAAUGCCACUUAUGGUUAAUGAGAUAGAUACAAAGAGUUCUAUUUGACAGAAGCUUGAAACUCUGGCAUCUAUCUGCCCAACAAUGGGGGCUUUCACUCUUUGUAAUUUAAUACUUUGUAGAUACAUUAUUUGUGUGUAAUUUUAUAAGUGUUCAUAUUUUUCUCAUUUUGCAUUGUGUAAAGUGUACAAAAUCUCAAAGUAUAAAAUACUGCUUAUAUUGCUUGUAAUUACAGUGUGUAAAUAUUUUCUAAUCGUGUACAUUGACGGGGGGACAAGUGGGUUAUUCAGGUUUUUUUUUUAAGUGACCCUUUUGUAUUGCAGUUUCAACUGAUAACUGCUCAUCAAAUUUAAAACCACUUUGAUACAUUUUUAUUUAGCAGUUCCAAUAAGAAAAGUCUCUAUUUUUAAUUGUCUUUCUUCAUUAGAGAAAAAUACUUCAUCUGUCCCUUUAAAAAUGGCCAGACAUCAGUUUGAGCCCUUGUAUUUUUGACUCUGGUAGGCGUCUCCGUCUCCAGGUCAUACUCCAGUCAGUAUUUGCAUUGGGUUCUCAUACAAAUUCUGUGAUGAUUCUCUUUUAGCACAAGUAGCCCAUGACUUUUCUCCCAAAUCAAGUAUUAUCCUUCUCCCUCUUGAGUCCCCAAGUUCUGUCUCCCUCCUGCUGUUGUUGCCCAGCGAAUGGGAUGGUAGUGGGGGGAGAAAAUGUUCAUUGCACAGAAAAUGUCAGGCCACUUUUGGGACUUGGCAAACAAAGCUUGCACUGAGUGGUGGUGUGUUUGGCAAUAUUACUGUGCCAAAAAUAACCUUGUCUAAUUUUCUGGAUAUGUAUGUCAAACUUAUUACCCUUGUUGCAAGCUGAAAAUUAAGGUACUUGUCAGUGUUUAUGCUUUUGUGUGUAACUGUUUGCCUUUUCUAAACUGCUUUUCUUGUUAUCGGAAAAUAUAAUUCUAUUAGUUAUAUCAUGUUAAGUGAAGAGGCUCUCCAUGCACAAAAUGCAUCUAUCUAGCAGUAAAGUUAACAGCAUUUGUACAUUUCCUGUCUGUCUUUUGAUGGCAGUGGUGCCUUUGUCACCUUUUGGAAGGUUGGCAUUUUGGUUUUGUUUUGAAGUACAAAUAGCUUGCUUUUGACUUCAAAAAACCUCCCCAGAUGUAAAAGAGAGAAAAAGGCGCAUUGUCAUCCAGGCUCAGUCAGGAGCAUUUGCAUUUUUAUUUCUGUCCAAACAAGUAUAGUUGGUGGGGGACUGGCCAGUAAUAAUGCGUGGAGUCUUUAAACCAAGGGUAAUUUUUAAAUUUAAAAAUAAAAAAUUUAAGAGGUGACCCAAUAACAAGUGACUGAGUUGGAAAAUUAGGGAAGAGACUGUCCUGGUUUGUCUCCAAGGAGGCAAUAUUAGGGUACCGGUGGCUGGGCAUGUAGAGCACGGUCUGUGGUGGUUAUUUCUUACUCGUUUACAGUGUUGGUGCACCUCGUUAUCUGUGCAUCUGUUUUCCCUGGGCAGUCCUGUCAGCCAGUUGCUCCACCAGCUCUUAGGCAGUUUACAAGUAAAUGCAGAUGUCUUUUCUCUUCCCUUCUUUUUUUUUUUAAGAUUUUUUACUACAUCUUGUUUAAAGUCCCAUGAAUGUAUGUGUGUGUUAUUAAAAAUGCUUUUUCUCAGUUUGAA